GGAGAUUGUAGGGAGGGAGAAAAAAAGGGAGGGAGUGUGAGGAAUCUGUGUUUAGUCGUACAUGGGGAAGCGAUUGUAUAUAGUGCGUGUAUUUAUAUGUAUAUUUUUCGUUUCUGACUUUUCACCAUACGAAUUUGAAGUAGAUGGCAAUAGACUGAUUAAUACGGUUGUUUUUCACAUUCAAUGUAUAGCCUAUGCAUGGGGACCGGGUUGCACAUCUAUAGCCAUAAAAACAUAGCCAUACAAUACGUUGCAGAGAAGCACAUUUUACCCAAAUAAUUCGACAUUUGGGUGUUCCCAAACGCAACCGACGGACAUUCGGUCAUCUUGAUUGAGCGCGUCGAAAGUAUUUGUAAGUACACAUGAUUACAUGCUAUAAUCUCUUACUCAGUGUGCAACCUAAACAAUCGUAUAUAAUUCUAAGGAAGCAAGCUUGCAUAUAUUUGACUGUAUUAUAUUUGUAUUCAGAUGACAGGCCUACUCUAGCCUAUGUAAAUUGUAUUCUCGUAAAUUACUUUAGAUUGUUUUUUAUUAUCGAGCAUAAUAUAACACACAGUCCCACCUAUUAAUUACGUGAGUUUAUCUUUAGAUAUAUUUUGCACGUUUUCAGUGAAUUUAUUUAGGCUAUGGGAAUGAAUGGCAUGCUAGAAUUGACAUGAAAUCUGAACUUCUCAAAUCUGAAUUGUGCAAACAGAUAUAGGGCUGGCCUUCCUCGAUAGGCCGUUAAGGAUUCCCGGCCGUGUCAACACGACCAGCAACUACCGGUAGCCUACUGUUGGUGGCACCCUCAGAGCGACCCUCAUUAAAGCGUUUGUAGGCGAUAUCAGUCCAGUGCACGUGUCUCGAUAUUUAAAUCCACCUGGACACCAUUGUAAACAUAUGGCUAUUUUUGCAUUGCUUUAGCAUUUUUCUAAUAGCAUGUCAGAUGUGGCUUGCUUAAUAAAUAAUCUACGUUUUGGUUUUUGGCUUAGAUACGUAUCUGUGAUGUCGCGGGUGCUGCUGUCCACCGUCCAGAAAUAUCUGUUUCUCUACGCUCGUCCCAGUUGGAAUCUUUUGUUCAGAUACAUCCGCUGUCCAUGGUUCUGAAAAUAGUUUUCGCUGCACCUAAAGCUAUAGCGCAGCUUGUUGAUUUAAUAUAGGCCACUGACAUUACCAUAAUAUUUAUGAAGCUGGCUAGCUUGAUAUAUUUUAAGCUCUGAUCCAUACCAUGCUCACACAGUUUGCUUUUAUGUAUCUCAGUAUGUGAGGAGUGUCUCCCACUGUGCUCUCUCUCUCUCUGUCUCUCUCUCGCUCUCUGUCUCUCUCUCUCUCUCUCUCUGUCUCUCCUCUCUCUGUCUCUCUCUCUCUCUCUCUCUCUCUCUCUCUCUCUCUCUCUCCGUGUCUGUCUCCUCCUGCAUGCUCUUGUAAGUGCUCUAUAAAUACACCGUCAUGCUAAUGAAGUAUCCAACAGUGUCUGUCCAUCUUCCUCUACUCCCCUUCCCUUCCUUCCCACCAUCUGUCUCACCGUGGAGCUUUCUACACCCUGUCCUCUCUCUUUCUCUCCCCUCCUCUCUCUCUGUCUUUCUCUCUCCAUCUCUCUGUGUGACAACAUGAUGAAGUUGCAUUCAUUAUUCAGCGCAGCAAAUGAGUGGCUAUAUUUAGGUGUAUUUAUACUUUAUGGCUGCUGUGUUGGCUGUGUUAGCACUGAGAGCACACUGUUGGACUGAGUGAGUGAUCUUGACCUAUCCCACUCCACUGUGGGAAGAGCUCAUAAAUCUGUACAUUAUGCACAGGGUUAUGGCAGAGUAAGUUCUGCUCUCAUACUGUCCCUAUACAGCGCAUGGAGCCAGUACAUAUUAGUAACAACUAGUGGCAGAAGCACUACUCACUGAACUGCUUUAGGUGAGGUUUUUGUUACUAGAUGAAUAGUGUACAUAUGAAGGUUGGUCUAUGUCAUUGUUUGGUCACUGGUUUAGAUGGAUACAUGGAUUGUCCUUGUCAAUGGUUAUGAAUUAUGUGUUUGAUAAGACCCUUCCCAUUAGGAAUGUUGGUUCCUCCCAUGCACUUAAGGUUUUUGUUUUACGAUAUAAUGACUGUACUACUGUAUAAAGGCUGUUUAGAACUAACUUCCCUCUCUCUCUUCCUUUCAUUAUCUUCUUAUUUCAUCCUUUAUCUCUCUCCUCCUCCUCUCCUCUCUCCAUCUCAUGCCUAGCUUUUUCUUAUACUCUGUACUCUUCCAUCUCUGUUUCCUACUCUCUCCUCUCCUCUCUCUUCUGUCUCUUUUCUCUCUUCACCUCUCCCUUCCUCUCCCUCCCUCCAGAUCCAGUAAUGGCACAGCUAUUGUUUCUUAUAAUUAUGUAUGCUGUGCCAUCUCUUGUUGUGGCCAUACAUAAUUCAACAACUGGAGGUAAUUAUUGUGUUUGUGUGUGUACACGUGCGUGCACAUGUGUUUGUGUAAGUGUGUUAGCAGUUUGAAAUACCAUAGAGAUUGCUAAAUGAAGCAUCAUCACAAUGUUGCUGAAUGCAUGGAGGAAGGCUUUAGAUGGAGUGAUGAUUAUAAUUGGAGUGUGAUAUAUCUCAUGACUGUAAUGUAGACUACUGUAAGUCAUUAUUCUUCCACUCAGAAUGUCUUUCGCUCAUCUCCUUUUUAGGCUGUGCCAUCAUCCGUCCUCCCAGAGAUGGAGGCAUCCGCUACAGAGGCCUGACACAAGAACAGGUACAGUACUCUCAAUACCAUCACAGUACACUCAAUACCAUCACAGUACUCUCAAUACCAUCACAGUACACUCAAUACCAUCACAGUACUCUCAAUACCAUCACAGUACUCUCAAUACCAUCACAGUACUCUCAAUACCAUCACAGUACACUCAAUACCAUCACAGUACUCUCAAUACCAUCACAGUACUCUCAGUACCAUCACAGUACCCUCAAUACCAUCACAGUACUCAGAAUACCAUCACAGUACACUCUUAGAAAAAAAAGGUGCUAUCUAGAACCUAAAAGGGUUAUUCGGCUGCCCCUAUAGGAGAACCCUUUGAAGAACCCUUUUUGGUUCCAGGUAGAAACCUUUUGGAUUCCAUGUAGAACCCUUUCCACAAGGGUUCUAUCUGGAACCAAAAAGGGUUCUCCUGUGGGGACAGCCGAAGGACCCUUUUGGAACCCUUUUUUUCUAAGAGUGUACUACCGCUGUUAUCACUGUACUAUCACUACUAUCACAGUACUAACAAAAGCCCUUACAUUAACUCCUUUAAUCAUAUCUAACCCUAGAUAAAGUACAAAUAGCUCAUAUAGUUGCUUGUCAAUUCUGACAUUAUCGCCCCUUUUGUUCUUGGCCAUAUCUAGUGGCUACCAUGUUGUUAUUGUCCUAAUCAUAGCAAUGCAUUGAAGCCUAUCAGAAGAAUAACUAAUUAGUCAGGUGAUGGACAUAUACAAAGACAUAGCUAAACAUCAAUCUACGUAAUCUAUUUCUGUGUGCAGAUCCGCAAUGUGCAGAUCCUACCAGUAGACUACGAGAUAGAGUACAUCUGCAGGGGGAACAGGGUCAUAGUGGGCCCUAAGGUCAGGAAGUGCCUUCCCAAUGGCACAUGGACCGACAUCACACUGCACAGCAGAUGUCGUAAGUACUCUCUCUUUUAUUUACAGCCUACCCGUUUGACUUCAUUGUUACUCUAUUGUCACACUCUAAGGGUAAGUUCCUCUUCAAUGCCUGUCAGAGUGAAUUUCACAAUGUGCAGAGUGAUUCCUGGAUUGACUAGAUUAUAUCACUGCCACUACUUAAGGAUAUCUCUGAUGUAUCAUUGAUCAUUGUGCACCACUCUGCUCUGUAACGUACCCUGUUCAUUUCAUCAACAAUAACUAUGAUGAAAAAUAUUUUUCCUGAUGAAAACGAAUGACGAUAACGAGAAGCCAUAACAAAAUGAACAAAAACUGUAACAAAUUAGUUUUCAUUUUAGUUGAUGAAAAUGUGAUGAUACGAGAAUUCCACGUGAGACUAAUAGACAUUCAAUUUGACAUGAAGCUCCUUUUAAUCUGUUUUGUCCAAUCAUAAGCAUGCAUGCCUUUGCAGAAUAUGUAAUGCAAUCCUCUCAUUGGCAGAAUUAAAGUAUUUCAGUUGCACGGUCUGAUUGAGCUGGUAGUCCCCUGUAGCUCAGUUGGUAGAGCAUGGCGCUUGCAACGCCAGGGUUGUGGGUUCGUUUCCCACGGGGGGGCCAGGAUGAAAAUGUAUGCGCUCUGGAUAAGAGCGUCUGCUAAAUGACUUAAAUGUAAAUGUUUCUGCCCAGCUCUCACACACGUCACUCGUCAAUCUUUUUAACUGAUGCAUAGCCAGCAGGCCACGACACUUCAAUUUUAACUAACCUUAACUAGAAACAAUAAUGUUUAAUCUUUCUUACUUUCAUGUAGGCUAUUUUUGCUUUGAUCACAUCAGAUUGGAAGCUCUAUUUUCCCAUGUGCGCUGUUCUUCAUCUGUGUUGACGCUCUCACGGUCAGCAAAUGCCAGUGCAGUUUAUUUCAGAUUGGAAAUAUUAAUGCUAUUUGCUUAAUAUUAGGAGUACAGUAAUCUCGCCGACCAGCUGGCUCUCUUUCUGUCGAACCAUCUGGUUUCCGAGCGCCUCAGAACGGUACUUGACAGGAAGCCUAUGGCAAGAGCGGACGAAAAAAACACAGGUUUUAAUUGGCUGAUCUCUCAGUGCCAUCACCAUCUAGCGCAAGGUUCUUCAAUUCCGGUCCUGGAUUGCCGAAACACUUCUGUUUUUUAUUUCUACCUGGUAGUUAAUUGCACUCACCUGGUGUCCCAGGUCUGAAUUAGCCCCUGAUUAGAAGGAGAGGAUAAAAAACAGAGGUGUUUCGGCCCUCCAGGACCGGAAUUGAAGAACCCUGAUCUAGCGCAACCUCCCCCUAUGUGUGCUGCAAUCGGGGGCCAUUAUUUUUUUUGUGUUCGUGUGCAACAAAGACAACUCGGUUAACUCGUGCAAUAUGGAUAUUCCAGAGUCUGCUAUAUCUGAAGUAUGUCAACAGAAUUCAGUGACAUCCGUGUACAUCAUAUUACAGGACGGCUAGCAGAGUUCCGCAGGCUAGCUAUAAGCAUGAACAGCGAUCGGUUCCUACUACCUCGGCCUCUGGGGAAUUAUUUCCUUGAUGCACCAUAACAAACACUUUUCUGCCUCGAUUUGGAGCCACGCCUCAUAGUCGUGUGAUUCACUCAGAAUUUGAAUUGAUUAUCAUGUCACUCAGUAAAUCCCAAAUGGUCCCCACUGUUUCCAGGCUCUAUGCGCCAGCAAUUCGAGCCAGGAGACGAGGUUAGGAGUACAGUAAUUAUUCUGGCAUUGUUGGAAAGCUCAGAUUCUCCCCUUUUAAUAGGAAUCACUGUUAUUUACCCCCAUCCCAUGGUUAUGAUUGGGGGAAAAGAGAUGUAUGCCUAAAUUGUUUAAACUGUAGUCAAGGCUUUGUAGCCUAUAUGGUAAAUCAUGGCUGGCAUUGGUUACAAUCGGCCACAAUAGCAAUGUGCCAGCUAUAUUAGGGGAUAGUAGGUCUAGUUGGACAAGUCUAUCUGAAUGUGCACAUGAUGAAAGUUAAAUAUUAAUUAUUUAAUGGGAAAGAAAUACACUGACUAAAAUGUGACUAAAAUGAAUGUGACUAAAACUAGACUAAAAUUGUCCAGAUUUUGACAAUUGAUAAUAACUAAAACUAACAAUGAAUGAAAUGACUAAAAUGUGACUAAGACUGAAAUAUAUUUGAAGACUAAAACUAAGACUAAAACUAAAUUUAAAAAAGCUGCCAAAAUUAACACUGGUACCUUAGUAGUCUAAGUUUCUACUCUGUUGCCAACUCCUUAUAGAAUUGUCAUGCCAUAUACAGUGCAUUCGGAAAGUAUUCAUACCCCUUGACUUUAUCCACAUUUUGUUACGUUACAGCCUUAUUCUAAAAUUGAUUAAAUUGUUCCCCCCACAUCCAUCUACAUACAAUACCCCAUAAUGACAAAGCAAAAACAGGUUUUUAGACAUUUUUAUUAAAAAUAUAAAACCUAAAUAUCACAUUUACAUAAGUAUUCAGACCCAUUACUCAGUACUUUGUUGAACCACCUUUGACAGUGAUUACAGCCUCGAGUAUGAUGCUACAAGCUCGGCACACCUGUAUUUGGGGAGUUUGCCCAUUCUUCUCUGCAGAUCCUCUCAAGCUCCGUCAGUUUGGAUGGUGAGCGUCACUGCACAGCUAUUUUCAGGUCUCUCCAGAGAUGUUCGAUCGGGUUCAAGUCCGGGCUCUGGCUGGGCCACUCAAGGACAUUCAUAGACUUGUCCAGAAGCCACUCCUGCGUUGUCUUGGCUGUGUGCUUAUGGUCGUUGUCCUGUUGGAAGGUGAACCUUCGCCCCAGUCUGAGGUCCUGAGCGCUCUGGAGCAGGUUUUCAUCAAGGAUCUCUCUGUACUUUGCUCCGUUCAUCUUUCCCUCAAUCCUGACUAGUCUCCUAGUAAUUACCGCUGAAAAACAUCACCACAGCAUGAUGCUGCCACCACCAUGCUUCACCGUAGGGAUGGUGCCAGAUUUACUCCAGACGUAAUGCUUGGCAUUCAGGCCAAAGAGUUCAAUCUUUGUUUCAUCAGAUCAGAGAAUCUUGUUUCUCAUGGUCUGAGAGUCUUUCGGUGCCUUUUACUGAGGAGUGGCUUCCGUCUGGCCAUUCUACCAUAAAGGCCUUAUCGGUGGAGUGCUGCAGAGAUGGUUGUCCUUCUGGAAGUUUCUCCCAUCUCCACGGAGGAACUCUGGAGCUCUGUCAGAGUGACCAUCGGGUUCUUGGUCACCUCCCUGACCAAGGCCCUUCUCCCCAGAUUGUUCAGUUUGGCUGGGCGGCUAGCUCUAGGAUGAGUCCAAACUUCUUCCAUUUAAGAAUGAUAGAGGCUACUGUGUUCUUGCGGACCUUUGAUGCUGCAGAAAUCUUUCGGUACCCUUCCCCAGAUCAGUGCCUCAACACAAUCCUGUCUCGGAGCUCUACGGAUAAUUCCUUCGACCUCAUGGCUUGGUUUUUGCUCUGGCAUGCACUGUCAACUGUGGGACGUUAUAUAGACAUGUUUGUGCCUUUCCAAAUCAUGUCCAAUCAAUUGAAUUUACCACAGGUGGACUUCAAUCAAGUUGUAGAAACAUCUCAAGGAUGAACAAUGGAAACAGGACGCACCUGAGCUCAAUUUCGAGUCUCAUAACUAAGGGUCUGAAUACUUAUGUAAAUAAGGUAUUUCUGUUUUUUAUUUUUAAUACAUUUGCAAACAUUUCUAAAAACCUGUUUUUGCGUUGUCAUUAUGGGGCAUUGUGUGUAGAGUGAUGAGAAAACAAAAAUAUUUAAUCAAUUUUAGAAUAAGGCUGUAAUGUAACAAAAUGUGGAAAAAGUCACGAGGUCUGAAUACUUUCCGAAUGCACUGUAUGUUCCAUAAGGAGUUGGCAAGAGAGCAGAAACAGACUGACAGUUAGUACAUGUCAUGUAAAUAUGACCGCUAUCAUUCCCACUAACCUUCCUCCCUCUACUCUGCCCAUCUCUCUUCCAGUGCUGCUGUGCCCUCGUGUGUGGACGUCCCUGGAGAAUGGGAGGGUGGCGUUGAAGCCCCCUGGGCCACCGGUGGAGGGCACUGUGCUGCACUACAGCUGCCAUGCUGGCUUCAUGCUGGAGGGCAGGAACAUCACACACUGCACCAAGCUGGGCAAGUGGGACUCACCCAAACCUGUCUGCCUCUGUAAGUGUGGAAUGGAAUCCCAAUCUAUUCAUGUUAUUCAAUUGUGAUGUUGGUGUUGAUAUUAAAUGUUUUGGUUUAGUUUAUAAAUGGAAAAACAACACAUACAGUGCAUUCGGAAAGUGUUCAGACCCCUUGACUUUUUCCACAUUUUGUUACAUUACAGCCUUAUUCUAAAAUUGAUUAAAUUGUUUUUUCCCCCUCAUCAAUCUACACACAAUACCCCAUAAUGACAAAGCAAAAACAGGUUUUUAGAAUUUUUAGAAAUGUAUAACAAAACCCCCCCCAGAAAUAUCACAUUUACAUAAGUAUUCAGACCCUUUACUUAGUACUUUGUUAAAGCACCUUUGGCAGCGAUAACAGCCUUGAGUUUUCUUGGGUAUGACUCUACAAGCUUGGCACACCUGUAUUUGGGGAGUUUCUCCCAUUCUUCUCUGCAGAUCCUCUCAAGCUCUGUCAGGUUGGAUGGGGAGCGUCGCUGCACAGCUAUUUUCAGGUCUCUCCAGAGAUGGUCGAUCUGGUUCAAGUCCGGGUUAUGGCUGGGCCACUCAAGGACAUUCAGAGAGUUGUCCCGAAGCCACUCCUGCGUUGUCUUGGCUGUGUGCUUAGGGUCGUUGUCCUGUUGGAAGGUGAACCUUUGCCCCAAUCUGAGGUCCUGAGCGCUCUGGAGCAGGUUUUCAUCAAGGAUCUCUAUGUACUUUGCUCUGUUAAUCUUUCCCUCGAUCCUGACUAGUCUCCCAGUCCCUGCCACUGAAAAACAUCCCCACAGCAUGAUGCUGCCACCACGCUUCACCGUAGGGAUGGUGCCAGGUUUCCUCCAGACGUGACGCUUGGCAUUCAUGCCAAAGAGUUCAAUCUUGGAUUCAUCAGAUGAGAGAAUCUUGUUUCUCAUGGUCUGAGAGUCUUUAGGUUCCUUUUAGCAAACUCCAAGUGGGCUGUCAUGUGUUUUUACUGAGGAGUGGCUUCCGUCUGGCCACUCGGGUUCUUGGUCACCUCUCUGACUCCAAUCAAGAUUGCUCAGUUUGGCUGGGCGGCCAGCUCUAGAAGUGUCUUGGUGGUUCCAAACCUCUUCCAUUUAAGAAUGAUGGAGGCCACUGUGUUCUUGGAGACCUUCAAUGUUGCAUAAAUUUUUUUGGUACCCUUCCCCAGAUCUGUGCCUCGACACAAUCCUGUCUCGGAGCUCUACGGACAAUUCCUUCGACCUCUUGGCUUGGUUUUUGCUCUGACAUGCACUGUCAACUGUGGGACCUUAUUGUGCCUUUCCAAAUCAUGUCCAAUCAAUUGAAUUUACCACAGGUGGACUCCAAUCAAGUUGUAGAAACAUCUCAAGGAUGAUCAAUGGAAACAGGAUGCACCUGAGCUCAAUUUCGAGUCUCAUAGCAAAGGGUCCGAAUACUUAUGUAAAUAAGGUAUUUCUGUUUUUUAUUUCAAAAAAACUGUUUUCACUUUGUCAUUAUGGGGUACUGUGUGUAGAUUGAUGAGGGAAAUGUUUUAUUCAAUCCAUUUUUGAAUAAGGCUGUAACGUAACAAAAUGUGGAAAAAGUCAAGGUGUCUGAAUACUUUCCGAAUGCACUGUAUACUCCAUGGAAACAUACAUAGACAAACCAACACCUUCCUAAUAUUGAGUUGCACACCCCCCUUUGCCCUCAAAACAGCCUCAAUUUGUUGUUGCAUGGACUCUUGAAGGUGUCGAAAGCAUUCCACAGGGAUGCUGGCCCAUGUUGACUCCAAUGCUUCCCACAAUUGUGUCAAGUUGGCUGGAUGUCCUUUGGGUGGUGGACCAUUCUUGAUACACACGGGAAACUGUUGAGAGUGAAAAACCCAGCAGCGUUGCAGUUCUUGACACACUCAAACUGGUGUGCCUGGCACCUACUACCAUACCCUGUUCGAAGGCACUUAAAUAUUUUGUCUUGCCCAUUCACCCUCUGAAUGGCACACACACAAUCCAUGGCUCAAUUGUAUCUUUAACCUGUCUCCUCCCCUUCAUCUACACUGAUUGAAGUGGAUUUCAUGAGUGACAUCAAUAAGGGAUCAUAGCUUUCACCUGGAUUCACCUGGUCAGUCUAUGUCAUGGUACAUUGAUAUAUUGUGAAUAUAGUUUCCAUGCAUUUAUUCUACAAUGGUGUAUAUGCUUUGUUUUGUGUGCAAAUCAUAGGGGUAUAUAGGUACAAAUGAUAAGCAUUUAGCUUCUUUGGGUGAAUGUCAAUUUUAUUUCCUUGAAUCCUUGCAUCUUCUUGCCUCCUUCUCAAAACACAACGGCGGAGAAGAUCAGAGGUUCCUCCCCUCGGUUCCUCUCAUCAUUUUCAGAAGGAGACAAGAAGGGAGGAUGUGAGAAAUCCAGGAAAUACAAUUUACAUUCACCCCCGUUCUGUGUACUUCUCUUAAACAGGAAGUUCUGCCACCUGGUGGACACAACCCAUAUUUGAUUAAUAAUUGUGAAUGAUUGUGUAAUACCCCAUGAAAGUGACAUCAAUUUUACAUCUGUGUUCUCAUUUUGUAGGCUAA